AUGGAUCCCACUAUCACCAUCAUUGCUUUUCCCUUGCAAAAACAGAAUAAAACAGCCUGUAAUAGAGCUGUGAGCACAACAUUUUACCUUUCUCUCUCUUCUCUUCUUUCUCUUAGCAAGAACGCCACACGAUCAACCAUUCCCACUCGCUUGGGCGUUUCUUGUUCUUGUCAGAGAGCCACCAUGAGCUCUAUUAUCCACAACUUUCAAAGGAGCCAAGCACUCCCUGUCUCUCAAACUGAAUCAAAAGAGCAGCUGCCGGGGCUACGAAGAAGGCUUUCCUCUCUGUCUCUUAAACUACAGCCUAUCUCUUGUCCAGCAGCGUCAUGGACAUUCCCCAGAUCAAAGUCUUUGUCUUCCAUGGGAGAGUAUGCUGGUAGCUCCAUCAGGAAAUGGUGGGACUGGGGCUGGUCUUGGGUUUUGUCCAGAAAGCCCAUGUUUGCGCAGGACCUUGAAAUGAACGAAGAAGAAACUAGGGUUCUAGGCUGCCACAAUAAAGGCAGCUGGAGACAUGUUUUUUACAAGGUUAGGUCUGAGAUAAAAAACUGGUGGGAACUGACAAAGUUGGCCUCCCACAAACUUACAGGUACGAUGCUUUAAACUACGCCAAGAAUUUUGACGAUGGAAAGAAAAUCUAUGGUUGAUCAUUCGGAAUGCAUGAAUGGAGGUGUUCAAAGAAAGCUUUAUAGGGAAAUUAAUAAGCAAUUCAUUGCUUCAUUAUUCAGAUCAUCAGAAAGACUGUAGAAUUCUAUAUUUUUUUGUCUGGCUCUUGUUUUUUUUUUUUCUUUAUUUGGUUUCAGCUUUCCUUUGAUAUUAUAAUGCAAAUGUUGAUUCGUGAAAUGAAACAUUAAUGGCCUGUAAUUAAUUUGUUCUGUCAUAUGAUGUGAUUUUGCUUGGAAGGGAAGAGUUAAGACCUUCAACUACCUGUUGGUUUACUCGACUAAUUGCAUUCUUCUCUGGCUGGUGUCCAACCACACCUUCAAAUCUACAUUCUUCAUAAAUUCAAGUUAAUUGGCCAUAAUUAUGGCUAUGGGGGUACCAUUGAACAAUAAGGAAGUUGUAGAAAGAGGGUUGUAUUCACUGUGUUACACAUCGUGAUCUGUUAGCUGCAAUCACAGUUGUUAUUGUACUAUAAUUUUUUAAUUUCAUUAUUUAUUUUUGCAAUGUAAUAUCGAUAAUUUUUGCUCUUUUAAUUUGCAAGAUAUAUUGAUCUACGAAAAUAAAAUACAAAUUGCAAUUAAAAAGAGAGAUAGAGUUUCCCACUCCAAUCUCACUAUAAUUGCAACCCCAUUAUAAAUAUUUGCACAGAUCUAGUGGUUUGUAUGAGACUGAAUUUCCAGUAUUUUUGGGGCUUUUUUAUGUAAUUUAAGUUCUGAUAACAACUGAGGCCAGAUAAGCUUGAACGGGUGAAAAAAUUUGGGUCGCAUUCUCCACAAAACGUCGGUGCCAGAGACAAAAGUGCAAUUCCAAUCACUGCCAGCAAAGAUGACAUGACGAUUAUGAUGACGAUGAUAAUGAGACUUGAGACCAAGCUAAAGCUUUAGCUGUCCCCCACUGCUACAGAUGUUUGCCGGCCAGUUUUCUUACAAAACAGACAUAGAUUCAAGUGCCAAUGAAAGUAUUGUGUUGGUGUCCCGAGUAUCCUCCUAGAAAGAUUGCCAAGUGGGGUUAGCACCGAGCAUCACCUUGAAUCAUGCAAAAAAAGUGUCGGUGGUUAAAUUUGGAUUUAUCAAUUCAUUCACUAUUUUUUUUUCCUUAAAAAAUAUAAAGAUUGUAGGAAUAUCAUAAUUCUGUGGUUGACUCUAAUCUUAUAAUAAAGUCACACGGAGCCCCCAAAUCAAGGACGAAAUGGACAAAAUAUAUAUUUUAAGUAGGGACUUGAGAGAUUAGUAAUUAAUUAGCCAUCGGUGAUGGGAGUGAAAUGUGAAAUUUGUGUUGGUAGUAGCAGGUAAGAAGGCAAAUUUGGGUUAAAGGAAUAUACUUUUUUUUGGUAUGGUUUGGCAGGACAUCAAUAGCUCCCUCCCUCUGUUUCUAUAAAAACAAAAAAAUAAUAAAGGAAAACACAAAAUGUGUGGGACAGUAGUUAUGGACCUUAUGGUGAUGCAUUGUCCAUAA